AUGUCGGAGUUCUUGUACUUGUCACCACCCACCCGCGAUCGAGACUGUCAGCAUGAACGAGUAGCUCAAGAUGAUGCUAUCGGCCGCGAGAAUACCCGUGAAUACACCAGUCAAAGGCGAGAGCGAACACAUGACCCUGAUGGGAAUAAAGAUCCCAGCAUAUCUGAUGUGCAAAUGAAAGGUGCUACUAUUGUGGGGACUGGUAAUAGUGCUUCAGCUCAACAUACUUGGCUCAAUAGCACGUGCGCCAAUUCUUGGUCUCGAGUUUCCCUCAAUCUCCUCGACCCCUUCGACACGUUGUGCGAGAGUCCAGAGAGACUACGACAGCUUAUGAUACAUCGUACGGCCCAAGGUCAGCUUCAACCUCGCUCUGCUAAUGUAUGUUCUAUAGCGUUGGCCAAGACCGCCGGGGAGCCGCUAUUUCGAAUCGAUCAAACGACACGUUGUGUUGUGUUCCAAGGUCUGAGCAGUGGGGAUGGCCUGGCACCAUUAUUGAUCCAUAAGUCUUUGUUCCAUGCUCUAUCCCUUCUUCUAGCUUUAGCAGCCAAUAGCUAUCAGCCAAACUACGAAACGAUGCACCACCUCAGUCAGGUUCUCCGGUCUCUCGACCAGGACUUGUCGAACUUUGGUGGUAACUCGACAAUAGUUCAUACCAUGACAGCCAUUCUCAUAUUGAUCAGCUAUGAGUACCGAGUCCGCGAUACAUAUCCAGGUCAUGUCCGCGCUGCUACACAUAUCCACGGCCUCCAAACUAUGAUCUCCCAACCCAACAUCCUGACCAGCCAACAUAGUGUCGCGAAUGUUACUCAGGUUCAGCGAGCUCUGUUCUGGCAGGACAUAAUCUGCUCCCUUGCUACUGGUGCACCUCGACUCUUGCUGUUCGACAAUCGUGGGAUAUUCACCCGCUUACGGGAGAAUGAGACAUACCGCAGUUAUUUUAGUUUGCCGCAAGGAUUUAUACCGCACAACCAUGGGUGGUCUGCAGAAGUGUCUGCUGUGUUUGAGGAUCUCAACGCGUUAUGUUUCGUCGUGGACACAAUGCGCCGAGAGACAGGAGCGUCAAUCAGCCUUGCUGAUAAUUUUAGCGAGGAUACUUUGGAUAACCCAGUGCCGUUGAUGGAGUACUUGGAUGAUGAGGGUUACCCAUUAUGCAAUGGCCAAGCCAACUUGCAGAUUCGACUUGUGGAUCUUCUCAGUGAAACAAGAAGAGAUAAUUCCCAGACCGAGGAAGCCCUGAUCUACAGAGCGUGCCUCUUUGCGGCUUAUCUCUGUUCAUAUCGACUCUCUGAAGGUGUCUGGGGAGGGUACUUUGCGCCUGAGAAGUGUGUCACCGGGAUACUAGAUUGUAUGACAGACUUUACAAGACAAAUGUCGCCGUGGAAGCUUGCGCCGGAGAUCACAUUCUGGUUGCUUUAUAUGGCUGGUGGUCUCACAAAGAGUCAGCUCCAUAGGGACCGAGCGGUUGAAUUGCUUGAACGUUAUCGGUGCUUCUACACAACUGGUUACGACCGGGACUGGGAGCUAGUGGAGAUGAGGUUGAAGAAGCUUAUCUGGUGUGAACAUGUCAUGAAGCAAAAGAUGUAUAGGUUUUGGCAAGCAUGCCAGAUUUGUUGCUACUAG